GCUUCCUCCCAUAAUCGCUCCUGGUCCUCUUCGGACAGACCAAAGAUCAAUAUGUCUUUCUCCCCUCACCCCUCCGAGCCUAGUUCGCAUCCAAGCUCUAUACCUAGCUCUCUCACCUCCUCUCCCUGGACACAGCAUGCUCCCCUCGCUUCCCCAGGUCUAUCACAUUCUAUGACCUAUAUGCUCAACCAGCCACUUCCCCAGAAUCACCUCCAAGAGCCCUCCUCGUCCCACAACACUUUGCACCCCCUCUCAUCAGAUUGGAAUAACCUCUUCUCUGCCCCCCUCAGUCCUGCCGUGUUUGCUACUCUGGCUGCUAAUGGCGUCUUCUCAGUACCUCCAGCUCCUCCUGUUCCGUCAGGCAACGAGACCCACCGGUACAAUAUGAUGCCCCCUCAGUCAAUUGCCGCCCGAGGGUCUUCAUCCCGAUUCCAACCAGAUCCACCUGGAUCCUGGUCGCAUGACAGCCCCCAGCAGCACGUGGGCAGCUCUCAUGCGAAUAGACCAGCCAUCAUGAGGGCUCACUCCUCUUCCGCCACCGUCUCAGGCAUUUCAGACAAGAAGGAAAAAGACGGAGUAGCCGAGAGUAUGCAUCAUAUGAACAGCCUGUCGCCUGUGAGUGGCCGCCCUCACCUAGAGAAGAGUCGCAUGCCGCAGAGCGAGGGGUCUUAUUUGUUGGGAACGAAUCACAAGUCGGAUGGAACUCCAUCCGGUUCUGGUUCGUAUGGUCAAUUUAUGCAUGGAGAUGCCUUAUCCUCGAGCACAUCGAGUUACCCUUCUUACACACCUGCGACCCAAGAACGAUCAAAUGUCGGUGUCCCCCCUUCAUUGUGGAUGUCACCGACUUCAACCACAACCGCAACGACGACCCCUAGUGCCUACAACGACCUCGCCCAACUAAGCAUUCCUUCAAAUCCUUCUCACAACUCACUAACAACUUCGUCAUUAUCGGGUCAUAAAGAGCCCUCAUCGUCUACGUCCAAUUCAAUGGAUUCAAAAUCUGCGUUGUUGAGCGACAUUUUCUCUGACGAUUUGUUCAGCAAUCCGAGCGUUGAUACCGGUGGUACAAGCGCAUUCACCUCUCCCCGUCCCACCGGCUCUCCCGACCUCGAGUUUUCCAUGCCGCUGAGUGCUGAUAGCCCCGAAGAGCUUGCGAAGCAGGACCCUCUGGCCACUCAGGUAUGGAAGAUGUAUGCUAGGACGAAGGCACACCUUCCUCACGCACAGCGCAUGGAGAAUUUAACGUGGAGGAUGAUGGCUUUGGCCCUCAAGAAGAAAAAGGACGAGGACGAUCUGCUUGGGAGAAAUGGGGAACAGCCCGUUGGUGGACUUCCCGGCCAGGCCGACAUGUCUCUGGGCGGAGUAGCCAACUCAGAAGAGGAGAGAGGUAGGAGGAUAGAUAAAGGGAAGGGGAAAGUUCAAGUCGUGGGUUUUGAUGGUACAAAUCAGGAUGGUACGGAAGAUGACGAUGUCGUGCCCAUGGAUUGGCGAGCCAUGAGUAGAUCACGCUCCAGGGUGGCAAUGGACUGGAGGCCACAGAGCAGGUCAAGAUCUCGUCCUCCUAUGACUCUUGACAUGUCUACCCAGCUUGACGGGCGUUUGUCCUUCACAAGUGCCGGACAUGGUCCGGGGCUAAACAUCGAGAAACAGACGGAGCGACGUUUCGGUCCGGAAGGAGAUGUCUCGAGGACAGUCGCUGCAUCUCCAAGGAUACCAAUACCUGGCACUUCCGCCCUCUCAGCAUCCCGCCAUGACACCACCGUCCAUGGGCUUCCUGCCGUCUAUGAGCAACAACAGCUUCCCUUCCCUUCCCUUGAUCCUCUCCAGACGCAUCUUCACUUCGACGACCACUUCAACCAUGCACUCUCCGCGUUCGACCAUUCCACGUUCCAUCCCUCCUCUCUCCCUGCUACUCACCUUCAUCACGCCUUCCGGCCUACAACGCCUGACCCCCAGUCGUCGCAUCCACAGCGAACAUUCCCCAGGCACGUUAGGAAAACAAGUUUCGACCACACCAUCGAAAAAGAUGGCAUCCUCGCAGAAAUACGCGGUCGGCAUCAAGUUAACGGAAAGCCGCGGUCGCCUGAUAGUUUGCUUGGUUACAAGCGGCGAGCUGUGGAACACCACGUCGAGAGCAUGUUGCGGUCAGACCCUUCCAAUGUUGAUGGCAAUCAUUCCGCGCACGAUCCCGAGACAUAUCUGACCAAUUCGUCGUUCCCUACCUCGUCUUUCAAUUUCAGCUUCCCUCCGUACGACGGGCUGUUUAGUCUUGCCGGAACAGCCCAGUCGGCACCUCAGGGUCACUUCUCUCAUCUUCAUGGGCCAGAUGAUGCUGCGCUCCACGACGUUCGUUAUCACGACAACUCACGGCAAUCAAGUCUGGCGAACGGCUAUAAUCCCAAUCCACCUGAUGGGGGCUUGUCUGCAGCUGCUGCUGCGGCCACUGCCGCUAUGACAGAGGGAUACCCGACUUUCACCGGAACGGACGAUGCCCUAGACUACCACCAGCUCUUGAGCUUAACGUAUCCUGCCCUCGACACCUCGAAUAAUGGGAACCUUUCUCAAGGUCCUUUCACGCACGUGGAUCCUACCCAGAUUUUGUCUGCUGAGCAGGACAAUGGGCUUGUGCAGAGCUAUCAUCCGAGCCCCUCAAGUGACGGCUGGGGCAAUGGGGUCAACUCAAGUUCUGCGGCAUCUCCGGAACCCUACGCUGCGUCAGGAACGUCAUCGCCGCCUUCUGUGGAUAGUUCCUCCACGAACACCAACCAACCUCGGAAGUUUGCUUCGACCAAGAGAGUGCAAGAUAUUCAACGGAAGAAGACAGUUGGCGCAUCCAAGAGUGCCGGUAACACUGCCUCGGAAUCGCCUACACUGGAACCGGCUACUACGGAAGAUAGUGCGAACGGGGCUCAAGGGAAAAAUAACAAUAAUGCCAACAAUGAGGAUGGGGAUCAGACGCCUACGGCUUGUACAAACUGCCAGACAACAAACACUCCUCUGUGGAGGCGCGAUCCCGAGGGACAACCUCUCUGCAAUGCUUGUGGUUUAUUCUACAAAUUGCAUGGUGUUGUACGUCCAUUGUCUUUAAAGACGGACGUCAUCAAGAAGAGGAAUCGCGCAUCAGGUGCCCCUAGUAGCUCGUCACGUAAGGGGGGCUCAGCAUUGCCCAAGAUUGCGUCGUCCUCGACGAGACCACGGGCUUCAACGACCAGUGUUAUGCCCAGUCAACUUGCUGGAUCUCGCUCGACACCCAACGGCCGCGCAGGCGUAGGCGCAGGCGUCAACACUCUUAAUUCGGGUACACUGGCGAUGAAGCGCCAAAGACGAACUUCGGCCGGUCUGCAGGGAUCGACCCGCUCUUAAACAUCGACAUUGGACCUUAAGUCACAUAGAUUCAUUCGCCUCGUACUGUAACCAUUAGGGUUCCUCUUGUUUUCCCUUGUUAUUAUCCGCUCGCAUGAUAUUUUUUGAAUGGAGCAUGACUGUCUGCAAUGUAUGUACUGCUCGUAGAUUAUUCGUUCUUAUCCUAUCUCUACCACUUGUUAAAGUUUACUUGUGUGUAGUCUCUGUUUCCCUCCUUUUCUUUUGCACUAGCGCAUUGAACUAUAACUCGUGUUGACUGUGUAGGAGCAAUGCUGUUUCAUUUGAUUUCAAUCUAUG